AUGGAUUUAGGACAAGAGUACUAUCUUGUUACCUUUACUAUCGAAGAAGAUCAAUACUUUGUUUUGAUGGAUGGACCAUGGCUUAUCUACGACCAUUACCUAUUGGUGAGGGAAUGGAAGCCAAAUUUUUGUCCGUCAAGUGAUGCCAUCGAACAAGUUGCAGUGUGGGUGCGCGUCUCAGGGCUGCCGAUUGAAUAUUAUGACGCGAGAGUACACAUUUUCAUUGGUAAUUGCAUUAGGGUUACAUUCAAAGUGGAUAGAAACACUAUGAGCAAAGAGAGAGGCAAAUAUGCUCGUCUAUGUGUCCAAGUUAACUUAUCAAAAUCGCUUCUGGCCAUGUUUGCAAUCAAAGGCAGACACUAUAAGAUUGAGUAUGAAGGUCUACACUUACUCUGUUUAAGAUACGGAUUUGGGCAUUUCAAAGAAGGAUGCGAAGACCAAACCAAGUUAAAUGGAAAGGGCCUAGUCACUGAAGUAAGGAAUUUUCUGGAGAAAGGAAAUAUACCAAAUCAAAUUCAAGAAGGAGAACAAAACGAGGAUGGACCUUGGAAGGUGACGCAAAAAACACGGAGGACAAGGAAAGGCAAGGAAAUUGAGAAGAAUGGGUGGCAGCCAGCCCAAUACGAGGGCCCCCCUUCAAUCCAAAAUACCAAUGGUCCUGACACAGGAUCUAUUCAUCUGCUAAACCAGUUAAGUCCAAAGGAGCUAAGAGCAAAUGGAGAAAAGGAUAAUACAAUGGAGACAGACAUUUCUGAAGAUGAACUUCUAACAAUAACUACAAGUACAGAAGAAAGUGGAACACGCAAGGAGGAUUAUGAUGCAAGUUCUCAAGUGGUGCAAGAAACGAUUGGAGAUAAAGAGGCUGAGAUGGAGAUGAUGGAAGAAACACCAGGCCGAGAACAUGUGCCUACAAUAUCUCAAUAA